CACUCGCAUCUCAUUAUCCUCCUGAAUUUGCUCAAACAAAUAUCACAAGUAAAUGACAUAAUUGCCCUUUCUGAUGUUUCCCCAUUUGCCUAUGUUGGCCCAAAGAUAGAUGUACCAAAUAUAUGGGAAGCCAAUUAAAAUUUCCAAACACCCACAAACAGAACACUUUUUCGCCUCCUGUUUAUGCUCCUCCUAGUAAUUCCACUUUGGUUAUGGCUAAAAACAUUGUCAUUAUAGUAGUAGUAGUAGUAGUUAUGUUGUUGAUGAUUUGUGGUGUGCUACACUUUCUUAUGAGAUAUCUAAUGAACAAGAUAAGAUUAUGCUCAAAUUCUCAGCAUGAAUCCACAAUAGGAAGGUUUCAAGAAAACAGUACUGAAGGUGAUGUUGCAGUUUAUCAAAGACAAUUGCAGCAACUCUUCACUUUGCAUGAUUCUGGCUUAGAUCAAUCUUCCAUUGAUGCUCUGCCGGUUUUCGUUUACAAAGAGUUAGUGGGGUUUAAAGAAGAUCAUCAUUGUGCUGUUUGCCUUUGUGCGUUUACAGAAGAUGACAACUUGAGGCUACUUCCUGUAUGCAGCCAUGCUUUCCAUACACAUUGCAUUGACACUUGGUUGCUUUCAAAUUCCACCUGUCCUUUAUGUAGAGGAAGCCUUUUUACACCGGGCUUUACGGUUGUCAACCCUGUUUUUGACUUUGACUUUGACCUUGACUAUUCAAGGGAAGAGGAAGAGGAAGAUGAUGAUCAUGGGGUUUCUAACAACUUAGGAGAUAGCAACACUCAUGAUGGGCAUUCUGGUCAUUUGAAGCAAUGUGAAAGGGUGUAUCCAGUUAAACUUGGGAAAUUUAGAGCCAUAAAUGUUGAGAAAAGACAAGAUAAACAACAAGUGGGACAGACUAGCAAUGGCUAUAAUCUUGAUGAAAGGAGAUGUUAUUCAAUGGGGUCUUACGAAUAUGUGGUGGCAAAUUCAGAUUUGCAAGUGGCAUUUUUCCAAGAUACGGGUAGAACAGGAAACAGUGAUUUGAGAAUUGAGAAAGAUAAGGUGAAGCAGAAUAGCUCAAAUGAUGAGGCAAGAAAUGGGAAGGUGAUUAGCAAUGGAAGCAAAGGUGAGAGUUUUUCUGCUUCCAAGAUUUGGCUUUGGUCCAAGAAAGAUAAUCAUAACUUUCAACAUUCUUCGGUGCCUAUGUGGUCAAAUCCUCUCUCAGUUUAUGCAGUUAUCAAGCAAAACAAAGGUGGGAUCCAUGACAAGUGAUAGGAGUGGUGAGAGGCAUUCAUGGUUUUAAGCAACAAAGGGUUGACAUUAGAAUACUACUCAUGGUUUGUGGGGGUAAUCAUACAUUGAUUGAAAAAAUUCCUCAACCACUAGCUUUUUAUUUUGCA